CUUCCUUUUCUAGGUAUCCUGAUGAAUUCAAAAACAUGCGGUUCGGUAUUCCUGGUGGCAUUUUGUUGUCUUCUCCUUCAGUCAGCUGAUUCAAGAACUGAUCUUUCAGAAGUAACUGCUUUAAGGGUGAUCAAAAGGAGUCUAAUUGAUCCUAUGAGAAAUUUAAGCAACUGGGAAAAAGGUGACCCAUGUAAUUCAAACUGGACUGGCAUAACAUGCUUUGAGAGAUCACAUGAGGAUGGUCACUUUCACGUCAGGGAGCUCCAAUUGAUGAGGCUGAAUUUAUCUGGAGAGCUGGCUCCUGAAGUUGGCCAGUUAUCUUAUCUCGAAAUCCUUAAUGUGAUGUGGAACAAUAUAACUGGGCGUAUUCCUUCGGAGAUAGGAAAAAUUUCUUCUUUGAAACUUCUACUGCUGAAUGGGAACAAACUCACGGGUAGUUUACCCCCUGAACUUGGCAACCUUCGAAAUUUAAACAGGCUUCAAGUAGAUGAGAACAACAUAACAGGUUCAGUUCCACCUGCAUUUGGAAACAUGACAAGCAUAAAACAUCUCCACUUAAAUAACAACACGUUAACCGGAGAAAUUCCAGUGGAGCUAUCCAAACUGAACAACCUUGCUCACCUGAUACUGGACAAUAAUAACUUGACUGGGUCUUUGCCGCAAGAGUUAGCUCGACUGCCAUCCUUGACCAUACUUCAGAUGGAUAACAACAACUUCCACGGUUCUGUGAUUCCAGAAGCUUACGGAAGUUUUUCUAGAUUAGUAAGAUUAAGUUUAAGGAACUGUGGACUACAAGGAUCAAUUCCUGAUCUAAGCAGUAUAAAAAAUCUUAGCUAUUUAGAUCUGAGUUGGAACAAGCUCACAGGCAGUAUACCAGAAUCUAAGCUUUCUGACAAUAUGACAACAAUUGAACUAUCUUAUAACAACCUCACUGGAUCUAUACCCCAAAGUUUCUCGGAGCUGGACUCUCUUCAAUUACUUUCACUUGAGAACAACAGUUUAUCUGGUUCCGUCCCAACAGAAAUUUGGGAGAACAAGUCUUUCGAGGAUAACAAGCUGCAAGUUGAUCUCAGGAACAAUAACUUCUCUGAUACCACAGGAAAUCUAAGAACACCAGACAAUGUUACCCUAUAUCUUCGUGGCAACCCAAUAUGCAAAAGUACAAGCAUUCCCAUCGUUAAACAACUCUUCGAAUAUAUCUGCGGCGAGAAAAAGCAAACAUCAACCAAAUCAGAACACACACCAUGCAACAAUGUAUCAUGUCCCUAUGAGAAGGUGCUAGUCUCCCCAGGGAUCUGCUUUUGUGCAGCGCCUCUUUUGAUCGAUUAUAGGCUAAAGAGCCGUAGCUUCUUCUUCUUCACUCCAUAUAUUGAACACCAAUUCAUGGAGUAUAUAACCACCUCCCUACAGUUAGAUACUCAACAACUAGCUAUUGAUAAAGUUGUUGACGAGAACAAGCUGCGUCUACGGAUGAACAUAAAGCUUAUUCCCAAAGGCAAAACAAUAUUUAACGUCAGCGAAGUCAUACGUAUCAGGGGAAGGUUUACUUCAUGGACUUUUCCUCGUAAUGACUUUUUCGGACCUUAUGAGCUACUAGACUUCCCUCUUGAAGGACCAUAUGCUGAUUUGCUAGCUGGAGAGAGUGGAAUCAGCACGGUUGGAUGGGGGUUGAUAGUAGCAGCCUCUAUCGUUGCUGCAACUGUUAUUUCAGUGAGCGCAACACUUCUAUAUGUUAAGAAACGUCAUGGGAAUCUUCAUGCACUCACCAGAAAACGUGUUUCCAGAUCAAUCUCUCGGGAAAUCGAAGGGGUGAAGAAUUUCAGUUUUAUGGAACUGUCGGAUGCAACUAAUGGCUUUGAUAGCUCUGCAGUGAUCGGUAGAGGUAGCUAUGGAAAAGUCUACAAAGGCAUUUUGCCAAAUAAAACCAUAGUUGCCAUCAAACGUGGAGAAGAAACUUCUCUGCAGAGCGAGAAAGAGUUUCUGAAUGAGAUUGAUCUGCUUUCGAGGUUACAUCACCGGAAUCUUGUGUCAUUGGUUGGCUACAGUAGUGACAUCGGGGAACAAAUGCUGGUAUAUGAGUAUAUGCCUAAUGGCAAUGUGCGUGAUUGGCUUUCAGCUAAUGCUACGGAAACAUUGAGCUUUAACAUGAGGGCACAAGUGGCUUUGGGUUCAGCUAAAGGGAUCCUUUACCUUCACGCUGAAGCAAAUCCACCUGUUAUUCACCGCGAUAUCAAAACCAGCAACAUACUCUUGGACUCUCAGCUUCAUGCUAAAGUUGCUGAUUUUGGAUUGUCACGGUUGGCUCCAAAUUUCGGGGAGGGAGAUUGUGAGCCAGCCCAUGUAUCAACCGUAGUGAGAGGAACACCGGGGUAUCUGGAUCCAGAGUACUUCAUGACUCGGCAACUAACGGUAAAGAGCGACGUGUACAGUUUCGGAGUGGUGUUGCUUGAGCUCUUGACUGGAAUGCACCCAUUCUUUGAGGGUACACAUAUUAUCCGUGAGGUGAGGAUGGCACAUGAAUGUGGAACAGUUCAGUCAAUGGCGGAUAAUCGGAUGGGACAAAGUGCGCCAGAUAAAGUGAUGAAGCUGGCGGAAUUGGCGUUACGGUGUUGUGAGGAUAGACCAGAGAUGAGACCAUCGAUGUCGAAAGUGGUGAAGGAUCUCGAAAGCAUUUGUCAAUCUGUGAAGGAGACCGAUAUGUUCUCAGAAACAACGACGUUACUCUACACCAAAACAUCAUCGUCGUCAUCAUCGUCUCCUGUGCCUUCAUCUUUUUCUGGAAGUAACUUGGACAGUGGCUUUUUCGAAUCUGUAAAACCGCGUUGACAUACCUUUGUUGUGACUUGUGAGAUAGGCUAACUGAUGGUAGUGCAAGAACCCAUGACUAAUAAUGAGAGUUGUGUUAAAUAUGGAGUUUAGAGUCGAGUCUGUUGUAGCCAACAAAAAUAUGAAGCCUUUGACAAAAGGUAAAUUGAUGCGUCUGCCGGGAGUCAAACCCGGGUCUAUUGCUUGGAAGGCAAUUAUCCUAACCGUUGGACUAGAGACGCUUUUGACAACUUCGCACUCAAACUGGUUUUUAACUCAAACUCUGGUUUUCAGAGACAUAAUUCUCUAAUUACUUUUAGCUCACAAGUCACAAGAAUUGUAUAAACUAAUUUUUAGUUUGAAUCUAAACCUGAAGAUAUACAUCUUUAACUUCACGAACACGCUAUCUAAGCCUACAUAAAAGGGGGUAAGCGUAGGGUUUCGUUUAAUUAUCGAACAAGCUUGAGUGAGAGUCAUCAUAUCGCCGGAGCUGAGCAAGAAAGCCGCCAAGAGAGCUUCAAUGUCUCGUGAAGAAGAAGAACAUGACGAGUUUUCCAGUAACUACGGCGACGUAACACUUAACGAGUUGCAACAAACCGCCGAUCCGAAAGCCGGAAAGUGGAGAGAGGCUGUUGAAGGAAAGAAGUGGACGGAAGUGAGCGAUUUGGUGGAAGCUAGAGGCAGAGUUUACACGUCUCGGCCACAUGCAAUCUAGCAAAGUGUUUGUGAUCUUGAGGCAAAGUGGAUGCACUGUUCAGUGCGUAGCCAAGCAAUCGAACGUUGGCGUCAACAUGAUCAAAUACCUAAAGCAGCUGAGUUACGAAUCCUUUGUCUUGUCCCUAAGUACCCUGUCAAGGCAACUACCCAGAAGGUUUCUUCUGUUAAGCUAGAUGGGCUUCCACCCUAAAACCAAUCGGUGAUAAAUGGAUUAGCUCAUCUAUCUUAUAUAUUGCUUAAGAUCCCUUUCAACUACCAAUGUAAUGUAAUGCCAGAUAAUGGACCUAGUGGACGAGUUGUUUGUGUUUAUAUUCACUGAGUUGAAUGAGAAGUGCAAAAAGGAACUUGAAGCUGUUGGAAAACAAUACCCAUUUGAACCUUUGAAGGUAAUAAUAACUCAUAUGCUAGUAUAAAAAACUGAGUUUUUUUUUGUAUCUUAUUGGAUUCUUACGAUUUAAGCUAAAAAUGCAGUUUCUUGAAAAAACAUUGAGGUUAACCUUUGAAGAAGGGAUUCAGAUGCUCAAGGAAGCUGGUGUGGAGGUUGAUCCUCUUGGCGAUCUAAACACUGAAUCUGAGAGAAAACUUGGCCAACUUGUAUUGGAAAAGUACAAGACUGUGUUUUAUAUACUGCAUCGGUUUCCGACAGCGGUUAGGCCUUUCUACACCAUGCCUUGUGCUGAUAAUCCUCUUUACAGUAACUCCUUUGAUGUCUUCAUCAGAGGUAUGAGUUAUUUUUUUUCAAAAAG